AUGCCUCGCGGAUACGGUAUCGCCGACACCAAGAACUGGACCGACUUCAAGGUCUUCGACUUCGACCUCAAGAAGGAGACUGACGACGAUGUCGACAUUGCCAUCACUCACUGUGGUGUCUGCGGCUCUGACGUCCACACCAUCUCGGGCGGCUGGGGUCCUCUGAACCACGACUUCUGCAUUCCCGGUCACGAGAUUGUCGGUAUCGCCACCAAGGUCGGAAAGAACGUUAAGGACAUCAAGGUCGGCGACCGCGUCGGUGUUGGUGCCCAAGUUGAUUCCUGUGGAGAGUGCGUCCCAUGCGUUCAAGAAGAAGAGCAAUAUUGCCAGGGAACCCCUGCCAACUCCAAGUCGUCGCAGAAGAAGGGUCUCGUAGACACAUACAACGCAGAGCACCACUGCGGUACAAAGGCUAUGGGCGGAUACUCGACCAACAUUAGGACCCAGCAGCAGUUUGUCUUCCCCAUCCCUGAGAAGCUCAAGUCUGAGCACGCCGCUCCCAUGCUUUGCGGUGGUCUCACGCUCUUCUCGCCUCUGAUCCGCAACGGUGCCGGCCCCGGCAAGCGCGUUGGAAUCGUCGGCAUCGGCGGUCUCGGCCACUUCGGUGUCAUGUUUGCGCACGCUCUCGGUGCAGAGGUCGUAGCCAUCUCGCACUCCCCUCGCAAGCGCGAGGAUGCGCUCAAGAUGGGCGCCAAGGAGUUCGUCUCGACCGGCGAGAACCCCGACUGGGCCGAGGAGUACAAGUCCAAGCCGUUCGACCUGAUUAUCAACACCGCCUCCUCCAACGCUGUUGACCUCCCCUCGAUCCUCAGCACGCUCAAGGUGCACGGCCGUCUCAUUUGCGUCGGCAUGCCCGAGGACGUCUUCAAGGUUCGCAUCCAGAACUUUGCCGGCAACGGCUGUCUCAUGGGUUCGUCGCACAUCGGAAGCAAGAAGGAGGCUCUCCAGAUGCUGAAGCUCGCCGCUGACAAGGACAUCCAGCCUUGGGUCGAGGUGCUGCCCAUGAAGGACUGCAGCAAGGCGGUCAAGAGGGUCGAGGACAACGACAUUCGCUACCGAUUCGUGCUCGAGCAGGAUAUCGAGAAGCACUAA